AUCCCUUGCAACAUUGAAGUGUAUCUGGGACAGAACGGAAAGAACGAGUCAAAAAGCCCUAGUUUGAUAUUUACGGCAUCAACAUGGCAGAUCUGCCCAAAGAUACGCCCGUCGAAUCGGGUGAAAUACCCAUCAUGGCGGAGGGCACAUCUCCGCAGACUAACGACAUCGACAAUGCCACGGCUGUGGAUGAAUCGACCAGCGGUCAGUCUGACACGAAUCAAGGUAAGGGAAUAUCCGUUGGAGCAAAGGCCGAUAUUUCUCAGCCUAGCCACGAGCAUGAGCAUGAGCAUGAUCAGACCGAACCCGGCGGUGACGGUGAGGCUACCAAUGAUACCUCUCAUGAUGUUCCCGAAGGCAUCCCUGCUUCCGACGGUGACAAGGCUGGCGGUGCCACCGAUGCGGGAUCUCAGCCAGGUGCCGAGUCCGAGCCGAAGAAGAAGAAGAAGAGAUCUAAGAACAAGAAGCAGGGAGCGGCUGCCCGCAAGGGCGUCACUGGCUUCGAAGAAUUCUAUGCCGAUGCGCCUAUAACCCCUGCCGAAGCAGCCCUUGAGAAGAAUGAGAUCUAUGCCGAGUCACGACCAUUUUCCGAGCGUAUCGAACAAUGCAUUCAGCGAUACCGGGCCAGCCGUCGAAUGGACAGCGAACGCACCAUGCUGUUCAACAAGUACCUAUGGCUUGGUGGUAUUGAUGCAUCUCCGCGCCAGUUCACCGGCUUUGCCGAGGAUCGUGAAGCUCUAGCUGAAGCGGAUGCGGAGGAGAUUCGCCAGAUGACUGCGACCGAUUUCGUCGGUGGUGGCGGUGGUCGUUUUUAUAACCCUGCAGAGCCUGAUAACUGGGUCGUUGACUUUGAUGGCAUCGCCAGGGGAUUCCUAUCUCGAGUCGUCCCGAGCAUAUACAUGUACGACGAGGAAGCGAACAAAUUGGCUGCAAAGCUCGUUAAAAACUUCCUCAAUUACGUCGCAAUGCACGAUGUCUGCCCCAAGUACAAGGAUAACAUUGAGUUGGCCAGAAUACUCUGCGAUUAUGCGCCAUCUGACCUGCGCUACGCGCACGAGCUUCUUCUGGAAAUGCCAGGCAAUUUCAACACUCUUUGCAAAGAGCUCUUCUGUGACGGGGAGAUAUACAAGGUCCAGGGAGAACUCAAGGGGGAACUCUAUGACAAAGUAGUUGUAUUCCGUGUCGCGGUCCUAACCUCGGCUCAAGAAUGGAUCCAGAAGCGCCUUAUGCGUUCUAACAAUCCUACUGCUACUCGUAUCAUCAGCACGUAUGAAGAGACGUACAAGGUACACGCUAUACGUAUUCCCCACCCGAGCGGCUACAAGAUAGUUGCAGAAGAACUCGAGGCUGCCGGUCACAAGGGCAAGGGCAAACCGUGUGGCCUACUUCAGUUAAAGAGGGCUAUCAUCGGCCACGGCUACAACAACGUACUUCGACCGGAUCAAUUUAAUACCCAAAAUUGGGGGUACCAAGAGUUUCUCCUCGAGGAAGAACUGCUUAAAAAGAUGAAAAAGGGCAUGAAGAUCAAAGCAGUGAUAUGCGAACUCAACAUUGGCCUUCGCUUCAUCAAGGAAGUCAAAGAUAUUCGUGUUUCCUGGGAUGUAUUCCUCCCGCAGAUGCUGAUGGAGGGCUGGAAGGAUCCCGUCCCCAACGAACGACCUCCUCCGUCUGUUUCUCAUCCGGACGCCGAAGACAAGGCCAUGGCCGCCGAAUUCGCAGUGGAUGAUCCGAAGUCGUCGUGACGUGCUUGGCAUGCUGAUGAAAGGAGUGAAAGGGGACUAGUCAUAUGAGCAUGCAGUUGUUAGGUGCUUCGACGAUGCUUUCGAUUUCGGCAUCUAGGAGUGGAAUGGUAUCCUGGAUCGCGACGGUUGCUUUGAGAUACCCUUUGCUAUACCCAUUAAGAAAGUCAGCCGCAAGGCAAAUGAAUGAAAUAAAUUUACGGCCUUAAUAAUUCCACGGUUUUCAUGGCUAACCUGUGUAAUUCUUUUCUGGGGCUAAGGCUGCCUAGGGCUUUUUGUCUUGGAAACGCCAAUACUCCCGACUUCAGUAUGUACUGCUACUAUCACCGCUCGCAUGACACUUACGAUGUCCUAAUGACUUGGCGGCU